AUGGAAUACUUUGGCUCCUUUGGCGCUUGCCAGUGGGUGUCCUCUCUACUAUGGUUGGGGCUGCUGUUGCUGCAGGCGUGUCCGGCUGCCGUGUUGGCUCAGAAACUUGACGAGAAUGACCCAGUGGUCACCACCGUCUAUGGCAGGCUGCGCGGCGUUAAGAAGGAGCUCAACAAUGAGAUCCUGGGCCCUGUCGUGCAGUUUCUGGGGGUUCCUUAUGCUGCCCCUCCAACAGGCGAGCGCCGCUUUCAACCACCUGAGCCACCAGUGUCCUGGCCGGAGAUCCGCAAUGCCACACACUUUGCCCCGGUGUGCCCUCAGAGCAUUGUGGAGGGCCGCCUGCCGGAUGUGAUGCUGCCAGUGUGGUUCACAAACAGCAUCGAUGUGGUGACUUCAUACGUCCAGGACCAGAGCGAGGACUGCCUCUAUCUUAACAUCUAUGUGCCCACUGAGGAUGGUCCCCUUACAAAGAAACACACUGAUGAUUUAAGUGAUAAUGACCGCACGGACGACGAAGACAUCAGGGAGAGUGGAAGCCCCAAGCCGGUGAUGGUUUUCAUCCACGGGGGCUCCUACAUGGAAGGAACUGGGAAUAUGUUUGACGGCAGCAUCCUGGCCAGCUAUGGAAAUGUGAUUGUCAUAACUGUCAACUACCGGCUGGGCGUCCUAG